CCACGGGAGAAAGCAACACUCAGCCGAAGAAGAUAAUAUGGUCCUAAUAAAAGAACACCCAUAGAUGCAACUCUCAAAACAAAAGAACAAAUGAAACUAGUUGCUGUAGAGUCAAUUCUGACCCAUGUGUUUUGGAGUAGAACUGCUCGCCACAGGGUUUUUAAUUGCUGCAAUCUUUCAGAAGUAGAUCACCAGCCUUUCUUUUGAGGCACCUCCGGGUGGGUUCAAACUGCCAACUUUUCGGUUAGUAGCCGAGUGCUUAAUAGUUUAAACCACCUAUGGACUCCAUGAUGCAACUCCAGAAGGGUCAUAUCCUACUCAGUGUUUGAUAUUGAAGAUGAGGAAUUGUACCUCGAUCUGUUUAAACGAUUGAGAAGCUCCGAAUCUUAGUCAAAAACCAGUAUAUUCUCCUUAGAGUAUAAACACGUAUUCAUUCAUUCAUUCGUUCAUUCAUUCCAUUCCCUCUCUCCUCCCUGUCACACAGUACCUAUCAUGGUGUCUUACAUAAAGUAGAUGUUCAAUACAGGAGGUAUUUUUUAGAGGACAGGAAGAAAACUAGAGAGGAAAGGGAGAUGGAGAAAGGACAGGGCACCAAAAAUAGAGCAGAGCCCAGAUAGGGUCAGGGCUAAGGAGCAGUGAUGAAUUGGGAGAACAAGAGAAUCCGUCCCGGUAGUCUACUCCAUUUCUGCCCAUCUUCCCCAUUUCUACAUGGAAUAGAUGAAGGAAUGACUUGGAAUUAGAUCUCCCUGACAUUCAGGUUGCACUAUCCACAUGACCAACACCAGUUUCUUUUAAUAAGAAAUUUUCAGAAUUGAAUCACAGCUUUACCUUACCAAAGUGUAUAAAUGUUCUUUUCAGAUAAAUCACUUGUUUUAUCUCAAGUUCAAGAUAUGUCAUAUGAAUUUUAAUAGUAGGAUCGCUAUGAGCUGGAAUCAACUUAAUGCAACAGGCCAAGAAAGAAGAGAGAACUCUUACAACAGUAACAUUUCAAAGGGGGAAGACAUUGCUAGAACUUUGAAUACUUUUUCGGACAUUUCUCCAAGGAAGAUGAGCACUUCUGCACCAAUGUGACACCUUUGAAGGCCUGACUUACUCCCCCCAGCUGUGCCGUCAUGGUUGUCACCAUGGGGCCCGUGGGGAGCAUGCUGAGCAUCAGUGGGCAGGUGCAGAUCGUUCUGUGGGAAACUUUGGCAGCUGUGGCCAUUUUCUUCCUCAUUGCCUUCCUCAUCUUUCUCUGUUCCAGCUGUGACAGAGAGAAGAAGCCGAGGCCUCAAAGUGGGGAUGAUGAGAACCUGAUGAACGUGACAUCAGACAAGGAGAUGUUCAGCCAUUCUGUUACUAGCCUGGCAACCGAUGCACUUGCCAGCAGUGAUCACAAUGGAGCACUCACCAAUGGCGACAUUCUUUCAGAAGACAGUACUAUGACCUGCAUGCAACAUUAUGAGGAAGUAGAGACCUCAGCUUCUGAUCUGUUGGACUCCCAGGACAGUGCAGGGAGGCCUUCAAAAUGUCAUCAGAGUCGGGAGUUGCCCAGAAUUCCUCCUAACAGCACAGUAGACACAACGGUCAAUGCUAGCAGUGUGGAUGGGGACCAGAGUGGCGGAAUGGAAGGCCCAUAUGAAGUGCUCAAGGAUAGUUCCUCCCAAGAAAAUAUGGUAGAAGAUUGCUUGUAUGAAACGGUGAAAGAAAUUAAGGAGGUGGGAGCAACUACACAUCCGGAUAAAGGCCACAAUGGCAAGUCCAAGUCUAUUACCACUUUGAAGGAACUUCCAGAGCCCCAGACCCAGGGCAAAAUGGAGUUUGCUGAAUAUGCCUCAGUGGACAAAAACAAAAAAUGCCGACAAAGUGCUAACUCAGAGAUUGUUCUUGGAAGUUCACAUGAUCCAGAAGAGGAGACCCCACCACCUGUCCCUGUUAAACUUCUAGAUGAGAAAGAAAACCUUCAGGAGAAAGAAGAGAGACCAGCAGAUGAAGAAGGAGCCACUGAGGGAACCACUGAAAUCAACAAGAGAUUUAGUUCACUGUCAUACAAGUCUCGAGAAGAAGAUCCAACUCUUACAGAUGAAGAGAUUUCAGCCAUGUACUCAUCAGUGAAUAAACCUGGACAGUCAGUGAAUAAACCUGGACAGUCAGUGAAUAAAUCAGCACAGUUGCUUCAAGUGCCAGAAUCUUCCUACACUUGUAUUCAAGAUGGAGCCCCUCAGAGUUCCCCAUCUUCCUGUAAUGAUCUCUAUGCUACUGUAAAAGAAUUUGAGAAAGCUCCAAACAGCGUCAGCACACCUCCCCCAGCCGAGAGACCCAGUGUGGAGCCAGAGCCAGACUAUGAAGCGAUACAGACUCUAAAUAGAGAGGAGGAAAAGGCCACCCAGGAGACCAAUGGUCUCCAUGUCCUUUUCCCAAAGGAGAACGACUAUGAGAGCAUUGGGGACUUAGAGCAGUGUAGAAGUAUCACCAGACUCUAGCAACCCAAAAGACAGAACUCCAAACACCAUGUUAUCCGUCGUUUGGAAACAUUUCUUCUCUGGAAAACCGGAAGUGAUAUAAACCUAUACUUUAUAUGUUGCUUUAGUAAACCGAAAACAAUUGCCAUGACUGUUUUCCCAGUUUUUGAAGCAGUGAGGUACGUUUCUGGCUGCACCCAAAUGUGCAUCUGUCUGCCAGGGGGACACCCAUACCCGUGCACAUCACACACCCUCCUUCCCCUCUGCAAAAGAUCCAGACUGACAGUGGUUUCAUCCUGUUGGUGAGGAACACCAAGAUAUAAGGAAGAGCUGCACUUAGCAAGAACUGCAAUACCACCUGCCUAAACACUGCCAUUCAGAAGAUCCAGGUUUUUCUUUCUUUCUUCCUUUUUUGUUAUCUGCUACUAACUUUAAAAUGUGUGGCUUUAUCCCCCCUCGAAAUCUUCCAACUCAUACGGUUCAUUCCAAGGAAAUUCUCCCACAUUUGACUUUUGCCUUCAACCUAAACAUCUUAGGAUGGUGCAAAAUUGUGGUUAGUGGUUACCAUCCAGCUUGCCAAUCCUCUUCAAAGAGCUGCCCCAUUGGUGCCUGGGAACCUGAACCCUGCAGAUGAAUAGGAAUGGGGAUGUCCCCUUUAUUUCUCUUUUGGCACUCUACGUCUGCAGCCUGUCUCCAAAGUACUUGAAGUCAGUUUUAGAUGUUUUAUUUUAUUUUUCUAGGCAAAAGUUUUUUUCCUCGGUAUUUUAAAACUCUUCAGAGCAUCUUCAGUAUUUUCAGUGAGUAUUGUGGUACUUCUAUACUUGUUUUAGCCCAGAGUUCGCUCCUUCAAAACAGCCUUAAUCUUUAUGUUGGAACAUAGACCAUGUAUUUGGACAGCAGUCAUGUUGUCCUUCUUUGAAGAGCUGUGGACAUGGAUGUGUGUUUCAGAUAAUCUCUGACGCCAACACCAACAGUGUGGAAUUUCUUAAAGUUAACUGCUACCCUAAGGUAAUCUCUAUAAGAUUAAAAUGUAAACGUUUAUUUUUGUUAUAUAAAUUUGUAAGAUGUUUUAUGUUUUACUGCCUAAUUUCUAGAAAAGUGCUAGAAAAAAAUAACUUUUGAUUUUAUUUAGUAUGAUUUAUACUCUCAUUUUGAAAAGACACCAUGAAGCACAUAAACUAGAUAAUUACAAGGAGUUGUUACCUUUUUUCUAACCAAGAGUUUAAAACAUUGAGGAUUUUUAACAACUCAACUUUUCCAGUGGUACUUGGAGCUCCCAGUCAAAAUCAUCUGAAUCAAUGGAUAAAUAAAUGGAAUAUACAGAAAAUAAUUAUUUUCAGUGGUUUGUGGUGAGCAGUAUUGAAAUUUUUUGAAAUGAUAAAAAUGGACAGAAGAACAAAAUAUGACUAGGAAUCACUUUGUGAAUUAUGAACCUCUGAGAGUUACCAUAAUGUUAUUAAAGUCCAGUUAUAUUUGUAAGAAAAUGAUGACUUCUACAGUUCAGUGUUUGCAAACACAAAUUGCCUAUUGGGGUUUUAUUUAUUUUACAAAAAUCAGAGAUUGAAGUAGCUCCUAUUAAGAGCUCCACCUGGUUUGAACUUAAUCAUCUCUUUAUAUCUUAUGAGGCCAAUAUUGUGAAAUUUAUACAAAGAUCUUAUGUAGCCAACACUAGAAAACUUGUUCGCUUUUCGUUUUAAAAGGAACCUAGUUCAAGUCCUAUCAUGAAGUGUGGUUUACAGAAAUGGGGUUUUUUCCAGACAGAUAAAGGAGAAAAAAAUAGCAAUUAUUCUCUAUUGCUUUGACAUCUGUGACUUUUCAGGUUGAAUAAUCUUGCCAUUUUCACUCAUCAUGAUAAAGAAUGUGGUGCAGAGGAUGAAACAUGUUGAAAACUGCAAAGACCUGCUUAUUAGCGUGUUUCGAAAUCCUUUGCAUUCAUGGCUAGGUUUUGCGACUGCUCUGUGAUUAUGUUUCAGAAAUGGUAAAGUGAGCCACAUUGGGGUAAACUGGUUGAUUGCUGGUAUUUUUCAGCCAGCCUGGUCUCUCCUAUGAAGAGGUCAUAUUCGUGAGCAUAAUCAUCAUUGAUCAGAAGAUAAUAGCAAAAUACCCUUGGAUUAGAGAAAAGUUUAUCAAGAAAGUGCAAGGCCCUUGUUCUUCAUAAGUGCCGCUUUCUUCAUGAGAUUCUUCAUAAGUGCCACUUUACCCAGUGAUUGUCAUUGCUUAGUAUUGAGGACUUUGCCGCCAUAAUCUCUCAUGUCAUGGGGCUCCUUUAGUACAUGGUAAUAGUCACUUCCCAUUGUGUACCUAGCAUUGUGCAUGAUUAUAGUAACACUCUUUAUGGUACCGUAGAGCUCGAAGUUUUAUUAUAUUUCAUAAUGUCUUAUCAUCAGAAAAGUAGGUGUAAUCUCUGAAGUAUAAAUUCAUCUCUUGAGACAGAAGCUCAUUGUAAAUACCAUGUCAUCUCGAAAUCCCAUUGUCGGAAUCCCACCCAGAAAUGUUCAAAAUAUUGCUUAUGCAGUAUAUCCAGAAACUAUGCACUUGAAAUAUUGCUCUUGAUUUGACAGCCAAGAGCAUAGUAAGCACCAGUUGUGAUCUAAAGUGUUGUAAGUAUACUUUAAAAGGAGCUAUAAGGCCCCCAGUACAAACCCUAAAAGAGUAAAUGAUAGGGGCAGGAGAAACGAAGUAAACUCUAGGAAGACAGCCCUGCUCUUCAGGCCCUUGGGUACUUUAUGGAAGUACAUUUACUGAUGUAUUGCCAUUGUUUUAACCUUAUGGUACAGUUUUUUGUUAGUUUCAUCACUUUUACUUUAUCACUUGAAAACCUGUGCUUGAAUCUUUGAGUUGGACAAAAGCCUGUGGCUUCUUUUAAAAAGCAUUGUCUUGAGACAAAUGCUGAAGUUUAAAUGUGUGAAAAGUAAUUCCAAAAAAAAAAAGAAUUUACUAUACCUUCAAAACCCAAUUUUGACAUCCAUUUUAUAUGUUUAGUGAUAAUAAUCUGUGAAAUUACAUAAAAAGGUAAAAAUAAUUUUUAGGUAAAUUUUUGUCUUAUAAACCAAAUUUGGUAAAAGUUGGAUCUUUGUUUUUAUUCAGAUAUUUUCAAAGUUUAGAAGCAUUUUGCAUACUGCUUUUAAUAUUUUCAAAUACAGUCAGCAGGAAAGUAUAACCUGUCUUACAUGAAAUACUUAAGGAAAUUUUUAAUUCUAGCAGAAAAUAAUUAUUGCAAAUAUAUCAUAUACAAAUUUUUUUUUUUUUUUUUUUUGCCUGUUCUCGACUGAUUACAUCAUUAGGUCUGUUAGAGCUUUUAAAGGUACUGCCGUUUUAUGUGAGACAAAGCUAACCACUGAUUUAUCUGCCAUCAAAAUCAAAGAGUUAAUUUUAAUUGAGGGCUAAAUUAACCAUAGUUUUUUAGUCAACACAGAGAACUAAAUUUAACUUCAGGAUGUCACUUUAUUUCUCUUAUUUGAUUUUCAUUUUUCUAGCUAGAGCAUUUACUUACUUUAACCAGUAUCUUUUACAUACAUGCACAUAUGUAUGGUUGCCUCUGACACAGCUCUUAUACUUAAUUAAGAUACUCCUAAUAUAUAAUUUGAAAGUUCAUCCCACUAGUGUGACGAACUAUUGUAAAAGCAGAAUUAGAAGUAGUAGUUCUUUGGUAGUUUUCAUUUGGUAAUGACAGAAAAACCUUCUUGAGUCAUCCUCACUCAUUAAAUUUUUCUGAUUAGUAUACUCAGAUUUUAAAUUGCAUACAUAAUUCUCUCAGCUGGAAAAUGGGUUUUUUGUUUGUUUGUUUACAAGCAUUGUUGUUGUUUUUGCCCAAUGUGUUACAGCAUACAGCUGCUCCAUAGGAUUUUCUUGGCUGAAAUCUUUAUGGAGACAGUUUGCCGGGCCUUGCUUCCACAGAGUCUCUGGGUGAAUUCAAACUGCCAACCUUUAGGUUAGCAGCCGAUUGCAAACCACUUGCACUACCCUACAUAGUCAACCUGAGACCAACUGCAUGUAGAUAUGUGUACUUGGUUAGAGAAAAAAAAAAUGGCCUAAAGGUACAAGGAAAUAACUGUGAGCUGGGGUAGAGCAAAGACAGCAGAGGCAGGUAUCACAGGGUGGCAUUUUAUUUCAUUCCCUGUAGAAAUCACUAGGUUUUACACAGAGAAUCAAUAGGCAGUGAUGCAGUGUAGUAUUCAAAAAAUAGCUCUGAGAUUAUGACAUGGCUAUACUUUCAGAGCUUCAGUGCAAGACUGAACUAGGAUUUUGUUAUUGAGUAAAUGACAUGUGUUUCAAUGCACCUUGUAAUAGUUGCUAAAAGUUGGUGUAAUCUAGUGAUGCCAUUCUCCUUAAAGGGUUGAUUUCUGGUACUCAGCCAGCUCAGGAUUGGCUGCUGCAAGCACAGCAGAUGCUGAUGGCUAUUUCCUGAAAAAUCUUGACAGUCCCAUUGUACUGGGUCAUUGGGAAAAGUUAAGGUAUAAUGUCUGGUGUUAAGUGACUUAUGUGAAAAUAGGAACAUAUGCCUCUAAUGUCAAAUAUUUAUUUGCAGUGAAAUCUAAAUUCCUUUUUUUGUAGUCGUAUUUCCUUGCUCUGUAUUGUGCUUUUUCUUAAAUUCGUUAUUCUUGUCAUUGAGGUUAGACAAGUUGAACACACUUAGACUCAACAUGUUUGACUUAGAGAUCAGUCCAGAACCAUGAUGAAUUCGACUCUGGAAUUACCAAAAUAAAUCAAUAAAGAAAAUCAUCGUCCAGAAGAGAACAAACAUUUAUACGUGUUCAUUUUUUCAAUAAAGAAAAUCAUCGUCCAGAAGAGAACAAACAUUUAUACGUGUUCAAGUCUGCCUUUAUACCCAGUCUCUGAUAUUUGUGAAAUAUUGCAUUUUUUUCCAGGUUCUGCCUUUAUUUAACUGAGAAAUAGUAAUUCAGAUUCCUUUCAACAUCAGAUGAAAUGAGAAAUAAAAAUUCUUUUUAAAAAAAGGUAAUUUUUUAAAAAGCAGUCAAUUUAGUAACGAUUUAGCUUAGUGCAGUUAGAUUAGCUUUUCAUUAGCUUACCACUCAUAUACUGUGGGUAUUUUUCAAAAAUGUACCAUGUACCAGUUGCCUCAGACCAUCUUGUAUAAUGUGUUUUAAAGGCUGGUAAUUGUCGUUCCUCAGACCUCUGUUACAUUGGCAAAAGUAAAAUGUUUUUAUGUUAUCUUUUAAAUAACUUUGUUAUAUUAACAUGCCUCAUGUGUUCAGGGGAAGUCUGAAAUAUAAUUAAACAAACAUAAGUCUGUUAUGGAAAAACAAGUAGGAGUUUGCAUUUCAUUGUUUAUGCUUUUUUUUUUUCCUCAUAAAACAGUUCCCUGCCCCCCGCAAAGUAAAAUAUUGUCUCUUAGGUAGCCCCGAUCAGUUUUAAAGUACUCCCCUUACUAAAAAAAUACUCAAAAAUAAUUCAAGACACUUUGAAGCAUUUUUACUGAGUGUCUCAAAAAACAUUUGUAAUGGUCAAAUUUCCAAUUCACAAAAUAGUGGAAAAGUUGUUUUCAAUAUUGGGAAUUUUUAAAUCUUAGUUUUUAAUCUGAAAAGUGGCUUCAACACCUUAUGCUUUUUCUCCUACCUAACUCUACUCCUUUUGAGGAUAAGUCUAAAGAAUAGGUGUAUGAAGGGGCCUUUUGUCACUUUGUACAGCACCACCCUUGGGUCUCUCCCGCACCCCAGCUCUCUGUGUCUGCUAUUUAUCCCAAGUCCCCAUUCCCCUUUUCCAAUACUGAUGACAAUGGCCCAGUGUUCUGUACCCUGCCAGCCAGGGUAGAGCCAGGCCUCCUUGCAGCCUGGUGACCAGACAGCUGUGUCCAACCCACAUUUCACUGCUUCACUCCCGAGAUAAUGCCAGAUGCUAGAAGUUAUUUUUCAGUGGUUUUAGUGAACCAUGUAUACCCUUGCCCAUCUCUUCUAUGAGACUGGUUGGCCCUAAGGGGCCAUGGAAAACAAUUUUUUUUUUUUAAUUCUGUUGAGGAAUCAAACUCACAAAUACAGAAAAAUUAGCACCCUGCUCUAAGCCAUAAGCUCCCUCCCCCAACAAUAUAUUGAGACUGCCCUGUGCCCCUAAGUUCCAAUGGAGGAACAGCCUCAUGGACCAGCGUUUGGAAGGGAGGUCUUUGUAACAGAGCAGCAAACCAAGAGUUACCAGUAAAGUAGGAGGAAGCUGAUUAAUUUGAGAGAAAAGCCUCUUUUCCUGUGAGAAUUAAUAAUUUUCAGAGUAAAUUGAGUGUACAUUUUCUUAGCCAUGUAGCUAUUGUACCACCUCACUCCCUCCCCUGCCCUGUGAAAUAGCACUUAUCUGAAUUUUGUUACUUAUAAUUAGUUUGCUUUACUAUCCCAGGUCUCAAGAAAACUGAGAAUGUUCAAGUACCUAACCAUGGAGUUACCAUAUACUGAGAAUAACUUGACCAUUUUAGGCAAACUCUCUGAUUUGGGGGUGAGAAACCAGGUACUUUUUACCGUUUGUCAUGGAGUCAGCUCCAACUCAUGGUGACCCACGUCUGUCAGAGUAGAACUGUGCUCCAUAGGGUUUCAAUGACUGAUCUUUCAGAAGUGUAUUGUCAGGUCAUUCUCUAGGAGGACUCAAACUGCCAACCUUUCAGUUAAUACUCGAGCACAUUAACCAGUUCUACCAUCCUGAGACUUUUAGAUACUAGCAUGAGUGUAUGAAUGACUUAUCAGCUGAGCUUCCCUCUGUACACUUACCAGUCCACCAUGUGUUCAGUUUUGAUUUUUUUAAACCUCCCCAAGUCAUCAUAGUUAAUUAUUUGAGGGAAUAGUAUAGAGUGUGAUCUUUUUUCAAAUGAACAGAGUGCAUAUCUGCUCAUUGUCUUUAUACAUUUAAUUUUAAAAUGUCCAACUAGUAUACCAACUAGACACCCCAAAUAGAACAAAAAAAACAUUGCUGUGGAGUUGAUUUUGACUGUAUAUGACAGAGUAGAACUGCCCCAUAGGGUUUCCAAAGAGCACCUGGUGGAUUCCAACUGCUGACCUUUUUGUUAGCAGCCAUAGCUCUCAACCACUAUACCACCAGGGCUUCCACCUUACCACCAGGGCUCCCUAAAUAGGACAGUUAAAGCUAAAAGAGAGCCAGAACUCUCUUGUUAUAAUGUCCUGGUUUGGUUUUGUUUAUUUUGUUUUAUGACUGAACAAGUUGGGAAUCAUGAGUUUAAAACAAGCUAUUUCCUUUUCCUUUCUAAAGUUUAAGGGGCAUUUUAUUUUUACCUUUAGCGCUCCUUUUAGGUUGUGAAAGCUUCUCUGAAAAACUGCCAUGCCCUCGCCUAGGUGAAGAGACGUAAACCACAACUUGAGGCUAUCUGUAAAAGGAUUAUGAACAUUGCUUUGACAUGGUUUUAUAUAAUUUUCAUAUAAAACACAUAAAUGAACCUGACAUGAUGUUCACAACCCAGCCCUUUAGCUUGCUUGCUAUUAUUUAUUUAUUUUUGAAUAUAGACUUGUUUUUCCCGGAACCAUGCUAGAUGCUUAACUCCUAUGGGCUACUUUGUGACUGCCGACUCCUGUCCUGAAAAAAAUGGCAGGGUCUUUACCAGGGCUUGUCUCUUAGGGAGAAGCAACUCUGUAUGUCUGAGGGGAGAUUUGAAGCAAAAUUUUCUCUGAAUGGUGGGGGUAAGACUUCCUUCUCCUACAUGUCUCGGUUUAGGUAUGUCUCUGGAAAAACCUAUUAUUCCAGCUCCCUACCUACCACUCUGAGUCUCUUAAGGAGUAAACGGUAAAAGUGUAUACACGAGAAAAUUACCUCAAAGAUUUAAAUUAUUCAGAUAUUGUCAGCUUUUUAGACUCAGGAAUAAGCUGAUUGGUGGAUAGUCUAAGAUAGAUAUUAAAGUUAUAAUUUGUAGGUGACUAAAAAUAUCCUCUUAAAUAUGUUUCUUCUAAAAUUGCCUAACUUUACCUGGGAAAAGAAGUUUUUUAGAUUAAAAACAGAACAGAAUAGCGUUCCUAAACUCUUUCUAGGAGACCGUAGAACUCUACCCCAGAGUAUUUAUUUUGGGCGUAUGGUAUUUCAACAAUUUUUAUGGGAGGAAAAAAUGUACAUUUUUUAUUUCUUGAAAAAGUGAAUUGAACUAUUAAAUUCUCAGAGAAGACAAUUUAGUCUAAAGAAAAGCACUGGACUAAGAGACAGGAGUCUAAGGCUGUGGUCCCUGUUCCAACAUUGACUUUACUUUGUGACUUGAGCAAAUUAUUUAACUUUGUGUGCCUCAGUUUCUCCAUAUUCAAAAUGGGGAUAAUGAUACCAACCAUUGCCUACCUCAUAGGGAUGUUAUGGGGACAAAUGAGAUAACAUAAGAUAAAUGCAAAUACUUUGAACUCUUUGGAAGAAAAGUGCUAUAUAAUUGAAGGUGUGUUGUUUUUAAUGAUACAGUUAUUAAGUUUAAGGCUUGAAUAAUAGGAAUACAGUUAGUCAUGUUAACAAUAAGUUUCAAUUUGAUGCAUAUUUGCAAUUCUCUUCUGUGACAAGAUCUUGAUCAUUCAUCUGGUAAUGAUACCUAAAAAAAAAUGAUACCUGAGGAGCUGAAAUAGGUGUUUGUUUUCCAUGUGUUUCUGCUGGUAGUAUUUCAAUUCUGAAUAUUCAGAAAAGGCUGGAGUUUAACUUGUAAUAUCUUAUAGUUUAUCUGUAAUGAACCUUAUUCAACCUGUACAUAAAAGUAUAAUGACAUGUAAAUGGCAGGUACAUUAUAAUUACAGACACUUAUCAAAUUGUCUUUGUUCUUUUUUAAUUGCAAUAAAGGUCAGUUUUAUAUAAA